AUGGACGUUCUCCACGAGCAUCAUGAAAAUGGGAAUGGUCACGAAGUUAAUGGGUUGGUCUAUUUAUUUCAUAAACCCAUAAUAAUUGAGUUCGUUUUUUAGAGCCGUUUUUGAUACAAAUGGGAAUGGUGAGAUUAAAAGAGAAAUAAAAGAGGAAGAUGGAUCAGAUGAUGACAUUCCAUGGGGGGAAUUGAUGGAACGCGAAAAGUCUCAACCGUCAUCAAGUGAAAAGAAAAAGAAGAGGAAAGCUGGAAGUGAUUCAGAAGAAGAAUAUAAACCUGAGGUAAAAUUUUAAAAAAUGAAAAAAAAAAACAUUUUUAUCAAAACACGUUUUACGUGUUGUUAAUGUUUUCUUUAUCUGUAUCAUUUCGCAAAAAAUGUGUAUAUUUUUCCAGAAAAAGAAGGACAGAAAAAGUGGAAAACACAAGAAAAAGGCAGAUAGUGAUGAUGAUGACGAUUAUGAAGAGGAAGAACAAAAACCAAAGAAAAAAUCAGAAAAACGGAAAAAGGCAUUAAGUGACAGUGAAGAUGAUUUCCAAACUAAAGUUUGUGUUUUUUCAUUGUUGUUGUCAUUUUCACAAGCUUGCCUAACCUUUUGUGCAUGUUCUAAUUUUUAUAGAUCGAGAAAAUUGUGAAAGAAGGGGUAGAUGAAGAUGAUGAUGAUGAUGAUAUUCCCUUAUCCGAAAAAUAUGGAGGAAAAAAUAAAAAGGAUAAAAAGGUGUUGUAAAACUGUUUCGUUGCUUGUUUGUUAAUAUCCCUUUUAUACAGGAAAAACCAAAGAAAAAGAAGAAGAGCAAAAAAGAAGAAAGCGAGAAAGAAGAAGAAUCGAGUGAUAGUGAAGCUGAAAAGAAGGUAUUAUUUAUAUUAAGUUUAUCGCUGUAGUUUUCGACUUUCAUUUCUGCUUCUGCUUCUGCUUUAUAAUGCAUGUUGAAAUUUGGAGCAUAUAAUUAUCCCAAUUUGCCAGCAAGUUAUAUUUUUUCAGAAGAAGAAAUCUAAAAGUAAAAAGUCAUCUUCAUCGUCAUCAUCUGCAAAAGAUGCAAAAAAAGCAAGUUUUACAACAACAACUCCAGCAAAAAAGAAGCCAAAGAAGGAAGAAGAAAUGGAAGAUAUAUGGGAAUGGUGGAAAGAAGAUAAAAAACCAGAUGGUGUUAAAUGGAAUUCUUUAUCACACAAAGGUCCUCUUUUUGCUCCCCCAUAUAUUCCACUUCCUCCAGAAGUUCAUUUCAAAUAUGCUGGAAAACACAUGAAAUUAUCACAAGAUACGGAAGAAAUUGCACAAUUUUAUGCGGGUGUUUUGGAUCAUGAAUAUUCUACAAAAGAGCAAUUUAAUAAUAAUUUUAUGAACGAUUGGAGAAAAUAUAUGACAUCAAAAGAAAGAGAAAUAAUAACAGAUUUAAGUAAAUGUGAUUUCCGACAAAUUGAUGCAUAUCAAAAAGAGCAAAGAGAGAUUCGUAAGGCAAUGACGAAAGAGGAAAAAUUGAAAAUUAAAGAAGAACGAGAAGCUGAAAUGAUGUUAUAUGGAGUUGCUGUGAUUGAUGGACACAAACAAAAAGUGGCCAAUUUCAGAAUUGAACCACCAGGUUUAUUCCGUGGUCGAGGUGGACAUCCAAAAAUGGGAAUGCUCAAAAAGAGAAUUGUUCCAGAAGAUGUGAUUAUUAACUGCUCCAAGUAAGUUUUUUUUUGAAUUUGAGUUUUGGUUUUCGAUGAAAUAAAAAGCUGAUUUUUGUUACUCAAUAAAAUAAUUUCAGAAACAGUGAAAUACCAAUUCCACCAGCUGGUCAUAAAUGGAAAGAAGUUCGACAUGACAAUUUGGUUUCAUGGCUUUGUUCUUGGACAGAAUCAGUUUUGGGACAAAACAAAUAUAUUAUGUUGAAUCCUAGCAGUAAAAUAAAAGGUGAAAAAGAUUAUGAAAAGUAUGAAACUGCACGACGAUUGAAGAAGAAGAUUGGAGUUAUUCGCGAGAAUUAUAUCAAUGAUUGGAAAUCGAAAGAAAUGCGAGUUCGACAAAGAUCUGUUGCCUUGUAUUUUAUUGACAAAUUAGCAUUGAGAGCUGGUAAUGAAAAAGAUGUUGAUGAAGCUGCUGAUACUGUUGGUUGUUGUUCUCUUCGAGUUGAACAUAUCAAAUUGUAUGAUUCGGGUAAAAUUAAUCCUGAUGAUGCACACGAAAAAGAGUUAGUUUGAUUUAUAUUUUUUUAAUUAUUUAAAAAUCGUGGAAUUUAUAGACACAUUGUGGAGUUUGAUUUCCUUGGUAAAGAUUCAAUUCGAUAUUUCAACAGAGUGUCUGUUGAAAAACGUGUCUACAAAAAUUUGAAACUUUUCAUGCAGGAAAAAAAUCCAGCAGAUGACUUAUUCGAUCGUCUAGAUGUAAGUUUAAUUUUAAUAUUUAAAACAAUGAUAUAAUUUAUGAUGAAUAUUGUUUCCAGACAUCUACUUUGAAUGAACAUUUGAAGACUUUAAUGGAUGGUUUAACUGUAAAAGUAUUCCGUACAUAUAAUGCUUCAAUCACAUUACAAGAUCAAUUGAAUAAAUUAACCAAUCGUAAGUUUUUUACAAUUGCUAUAAUUUAAUUAUUCUCAUAAUUUUCAGCUAAAGAUACUAUUGCACAAAAACUAUUGUCGUACAAUCGAGCAAAUCGACAGGUUGCUAUUUUAUGUAACCAUCAACGUGCUGUUCCAAAAACUUUCGAAAAAUCAAUGGAAGCAUUAGAACAAAAGGUAUUAUUUAUAUUGAUAUUUUAUUUUAUCUAUUUCUUAUAUUUUUCAGAUAAAAGAGAAGAAAGAGAUUGUGGAAGCGGCAAAGAAAGAAAUGAAAAAUGCGAAUAAAGCAAAUCUUGAAAAAGCUACCAAAAAAUAUGAAAGACUAAAAGAACAGUACAAAAAGUUGAAGAUUUCGAGAACCGACAAAGAUGAAAAUAAAACUGUCGCGUUAGGAACUUCGAAGUUGAAUUAUCUUGAUCCAAGAAUUACGAUUGCAUGGUGUAAAAAACACGAAGUACCACUUGAAAAGGUAAAUUAAUAAAUUUUAAUAAAAUGUGAAAACAAUGAUAAAUAUUUUUGCAGGUUUUCACCAAAACACAUCGUGAGAAAUUCCGUUGGGCAAUUGAUAUGACAAUGUCAACAGAUGAAGAAUAUGUUUUCUAA